UCCGAAAUUUCGCUACAUUGUUUAUUGGUUACAGACUGGAUAAAAGGUGAAAAAUUGCAAAAAACCAUUAAUUUCAUGAAUUGUAUACUUUAUUUUUAACCAAAGGACAGGCAUUGCAAAAUGGAUGAAGUGGACUCACCUUUUCUCAAAAAGAAGAGAUCUCAUCAAAAACUAUCAGACACCAGGUUUCAGUCAGAAUUACAAAUGAAACUCCAGCAGCGCAGACAGGAAGGUUUAACAUAUGGUCUGACAAGUGAAGAGAGCGACAGUAUUGUAGAUGAUGACGACGGUGACAGUGAUGAAGAAAUCCUUGCACAGCAUAGAAGAAAUCUAUCAAACCAAAAGCAAUCCAACCGACCAACCUCUGCCAAGAGAAGAACACCCACCUUUCAGGACACAAAUGAUUUAAGUUUGGGGGAUACCAUUAGGCCAGGACAAGGUGGAAGCAAAUUUAUGAAACAGCGUGGACAGCAAGGCCAGAAAGAGAGUAUUCCCUCCCUCAACAUGGGAGGAAAAGGGAGAACAUCCCCUGGAAUGCCCUCUUUGACAUCCCCCAAACUUUCUCCAAAAGAUAGCAAGAGUCUGACUGAUGCUUUAGGAGGAAAAAGGUCUCCCAGCCCCAAAUAUGGCACCCAGCCUAUGUCUCAGGAGGAUAUUAUUUUUGGCAGGAAGACACCCACUAAUGAUCCAAGGCGUCAGAGUCCAACAGAUAAUAAACCAUGGCAACCACCAAACUUUCGAAAAAGCCCAGGCGCAGAGCAGCAAGAAAACCGAGCACCCUCCCCUGGCUUACAGGGGAGAAGGACUCCAUCUCAGGAACCUUUUCUUCAGAGCAUUGAUGAAAAUGCAGGGACACCCAGGAAAAACCGAUUUCCAAGUCCUAUUGACCGUAGUCCUAAGGCUGGCCGAACCAGUCCCAAAGGUGGCCUUACUAGUCCAAAGGAUCGCUUCUCAAAGUCAGACAGGAAAUCUCCAAAGAGCCUCUCCAUAGAUGAUUCACCACGAUUGGAUGAAGCUCCCAAGCCCAGACCUAGACACAAGACAGACAUAUUUGGAAAAACAGAUCAUGUGGACGUAGAUUUGGAGACAGAUUCUCCGUCUGUCAGUCGAUUUCACAGGACUGCUCCAGGUGGCAGAAAAACUCCUACACAGAUGGGAAGAAAAACUCCAACAAACUUAGAUGGCAGGAAAACUCCUACAGGAAUGGAUGGCAGAAAAACUCCAACAGGAUUAGAUGGCAGAAAAACUCCUACAGAUAAAACGUCCUACAGAAAAUCUGACAGAGAGAAAGAUACAAAAAAGGCCCCACUAAAGAAAGAGACAUCACUUCUAGAUUUUCUCAAUGAAGAUGUAGAUUCCUCCAAAACAAAAAAGAGAGAGGAACCCAAGCCAAGGUUACUCCGGGGGCCGGAGGAAGGACCGCAGGACAGGGAGGAUAGUAUCAGAGAUGAUAUUCUGGGGGAUAAAAUCAACAGAGCCAAGCAGAGGCAGGCUAAGUCAGGCAGUGGGGACAUAGGUAGUGCUGAUACCAGCUCAGUGGCAAAGAAGCUAACAGACAAGGAGAAAGAGAUACCGGACGAUAGUUCACUCUGUGAGGAGUUUGACAAGGAUCCAUUAGGAAGGUCAUUUGCUGAGCAGGAAAAACAAGCUAAGCCAGGCAAAGGCCGAACAGAGAGUAAAAAAUCAGAUGACAUCAUAAACAAAGUGGCUCAAGAACAGAACAAACCAGCAUCUGCUACAAUGAAGUCCACAGACACUACCAAGUCUUUCAAAAAAGUUGAUAAGGAGCACCGUCCUAAGCCCCGCUACACUAUCCCGGGGACCCCCACUAGUCAGGGAACCCUGUCUGAGAUGUCCUUCAACGACACCAUGUCCAUACGGCAGGCCGUGUAUGAUGAAUGGAGGAGAGAGAAGAUGAAAUCCGCCAGGAAGGAGAAAAAAGAGGAAGAGAAGAAAAAACAGGAGGAAGAGAAGAAAAAGGAGGACGAGAAAAAAGAAAAGAAAUUGGAAAAUGAAAGCUCCUAUAGGACUUGGAAAGAAUCAAAAGAAGAUACCUUUGUUAAAAAGAUUAAAGAAGAAAGAAGGAAAGAAAGAGAGAAGAAGGAAAAGAUAGAGAAAGAAAAAGAACAAAAGAUCAAAGAGGCAGAAAAGACCUUCAAAAUAUGGAAAGAAGAAAAGGAUGAAGAAAUAAAAGAAAAGUUGAGAAAGAAACGAGAGGAAGAGAGAGAGAAAGAAUAUGAAAAGGAGCAAACAAAAAAGAACAAGGAAAAGGAAAAUGUCACUGCACUUAGGGGAUGGAACAACAAGAAGGAACAAGUAUUGAAAGAAAAAGUCCUGGAGGAGAAGAAAAAGAAAAUGGCUACUCUGAAGGAGCAGGAACAACUGAAGAAAGAGCAGGAAAGGGAGGCAGAAAAGCUGUAUGACCAGUGGCUUAGGAGAAAGGAUGAUACAAAGAGAAAGGAGAAGAGUAGGAGGUAUGGCUCAACAGAAAGUAUAGAAUUCCGUCCUGCCUGGAGCCCGGCCAGUAAAACGAUACCAUUCGGAAGGUAGAAGCCGGCAGCCGCGAUUUAGUCCUCUCUUUUACUGUACAUACUCCUGUAUGUUGUCACUAAGGACAGACUGUUCAGAGAUACUGGUGAUUUACCCAGUAAUAAUGUAGUGAGACAUGGCCGGGAUAAACCCACCAAGAUUAACAUUGUAGCCAGUAGGUAGGAAUGGAACUGGAACUAUAUUUCCCAUUUGCUCAACCAUGGACUCAUUUCCUAACAUUUAGAUGCUCCCCGUCCAUCUUUAUUUGUUUGUAAUGAUAAUUCUUGAAUCGUUAUUAAACAUUUUAUUGAAAUUAUAUUUUACAUUUGGUGAUGUCAGAGAGGAGUAUUACCAAACAAGUUUAUGUUUCCGUCCAUGUUAUUCUGUUUUACUGUUUCUUUUAUCUGUACUUUUUAUGUUGUUCAUAAAUUAUUGUUUUUACUUGCAUUUUUGAUGCAAGAGUUGUGAAUUUUAUGUCUUUUUUUAUAGUUUGCCAAAAUAUUUUGUUUUAGAGCUUAAUUCAGGUUAAUUAUCAUUGUAUAACAUAAACAAAAAAGAUUCGUAUAGUACAUGUGUUGAGUCAUUGUUUAUUAGUAUAUUUAUGUUUGUAUAAGGAGUUCGAGGAAGUCAGUGGACAUUUUUAGAAUUUACAUGUAUACCCAUAUGGGUUAAUUGUUUGCAAAUCUUAUAUAAGAGUAAAGUGAUUCUAUUUCAAUCAAAGAAGUAUAAUUACAUGUACAUUCUCUCAAAGUGGGAUCUUUGUUAUUAAAUAAAUGUGUA